AUUCCCUCCCCGCCGGCGCGGCGCCGCCGCCAUGCUCCGACGACGCACCAUCCUCACCCGCCUCCUCUCUUCUCCCUCCACCUCGCCCAUAGCAUCUCUCCACCGCCUCCUCUCCGCCGCGGCGCCCGCCGCUUCCCCAAACCCUAGCUUCGCCGUGGAGGACUACCUCGUCGGCACCUGCGGUCUCACCCGAGCCCAGGCGCUCAAGGCCUCCGCCAAGCUCUCCCACCUCAAGUCCCCCACCAAUCCCGACGCCGUCCUCGCCUUCCUCGCCGGCCUCAGCCUCUCGAGCGCCGACGUGGCCUCCGCUGUCGCCAAGGACCCCAAUCCGCAAGGUUGA